AUGGCUGGAGGACCUGGAGGAGCACCACGACCCAUACAGCUGCAGGCACAUGACCCCCCCCUGCGCUACGUGGGGGACAUGCUGGCAUGGGUGCAUCAGGCCCUCCCUUCUGAACGUGAGGCGGCCCAAUCACUUUUUGCCAAGUGCUCCAAUCUAGACCCAACAGAGCAGACAAGGAGUACUGUGGCCAGCGUAUCGGAGAGUGUUUGCCGUCCUCCCAGAACCAGAAUUGAGCGGACCAUUGUGACAGACCAGCGUCGGGAGGGAGGCAAGAAACCCGUCAUGUUGUACAAGAUAAGCAACCUCCUCAGAUUCUAUCACAACACUGUUUUGCAGGUGACUGAUGCAGGACUGCUGGUGGCCACUCUUGAUGAACUCCACCAGCUAAGCUACAAGAUGUUUUUAUAUCAGCACUGCAGAGUCAAGAUAGAGCCGCCAGGAGAGACACUGGCACCCACACCUGGAGUGGCACGCACCCUGAGUCUGCUCACUGAGGUGGUUACUGCCACCACUGUGGCUGACGACGCACACCAUGAUUGUAAGCAGAUUGUGAGUUGUGUGGUGGAUCCUCUGAUGAAUGCGAUAAGUGAGAGUGCAACUGGACUGGGUGCAGUGGAGUCUGCUGUGUAUCUGCUCAACUGCUUCCACCAGCUGCACACCACUGGGGAUAAACUAGAGAUGAUCCAGGGACAGAUUGACGCCCAGCUGGACACACUGAGCCAGGAGCAGAUCAAUGGGGUGUGUGUGUCAUAG